UUUUUUCGUGUCGUUGGUGAGAUAGUAAGCAUCAAUUGUAUAAUGAUAUUUUAUGAGAUUCUCUCCCAGGGGAGAGGUUCAGCAUGGGUCGGGAUGGGGGAGGCGGACCCCCGGGAUGUGUGGCCUCUGGGGCGCGGCAGGGCAGUUAAGCGUCCCGCCCACAGGGGUAUGCUCUAACACUAGCCUGUCCUGUAAGUGAAUUAAACUAAGCCUGCCGUACAUCACGCUCUGUUCAUGUCUCGGCCUUAUAACUCGUCUUUGGGUGGUUAAACAAAAAUAUACUACAUCGUUGAACACAGCUCUAUUCAAGGUACUGCCUGUUGCCUGUACAGGCCUACUGUGCUGUGCUGUGCUGUGCUGUGCUGUGCUGUGUUGUGCCGUGCCGUGCCGUACCCUGCUGUGCUGUGCUUGUUUUAGGUUUCAGGGACUGUAAUCACCAUCCCGUGUGAGCCAUCCACGUUCUACCUGACUCUACCUGUGUGGAGAUCGCAGUCAAGUGGUCACGUGGCCGCAUACCAUCUGGAAAAGGAGACAUCUCGCUGGCAGCAUGCGAGCAAUGGCACCUUGCAGAGAUCGACACAUAUUAGAUAAAUUCGCUGCUCAUGACGAGCACGUGUUGAAUGCAGCCAGCGACUGACAAGCGCAGCGAGGCUCCUACCACAUGGAUGUUUGUAUACAUAAAAACUAAGUGGUUGAAUUUGAAUGGAAUACUUCAUUAAUCGUUAGUGUCUGCAACAAGCGAUCCAUUGUAUGUGCAUAAACGCUUUGGGGAUUUUGUUUAUUGCUGUUCGCUGCCACGCUGGGUAAGUCCUUGUGCAGAUGGUGUUGUGGGGUCUGUGUGGUAACUGCUAUAUGUCUUCCGAGUGUCUGUCACGAAGCACUGACGGAUAGCUGUUGGUUCUGCCUGUCUGGCCGUCUGUUGUGGUGACGGAUAGCCACAAUGAAGGAGCAAUUACACGGUACUCAGCAAACCGUCAUCGGAUACCAAACUUGAAAGAAGACGGUGACCUUGGCGCAUAGGUCAUAUUGGUGGCAGCGGUGGAAUCUGAGGUCAGAGGUCAGUUCCAAUAGUAGUGAAGUGUUUGAUGUUGUAGAGCGGACGGAUUUCAAUGGCCAUAAAACAAGAGUUGAGUGUGUAGAGUAAACCGGGCAAGGAGUCUGUUUUAUAUGUGCUUAUAUUACUUAAAGCUAACUUUCAACAGUGAUGCUGCAUUAGCAUCCUGCAGAUUGUAUCUGAGCAGGAAUAAUACAGCGCAUUGACAUCGGAACACAAAAUAAUCAAACUGUAUGGAUUAGAUACUAAGUGACGAGGCCGUUUGUUCUCGGGAGGGAAACUGUUACAAUCAAACACAUCAGGUCAAACAGACCCACCACGUCAAACAAAUACGCCCAAGAAAACGUGUGCAAUGGACCAAGAGAAGAGGUACAAAAGAGGUCCGGAGGUCGCAGGUUGUGGUCCAUAUUGGAUGUGCUUAUUCGAGGCUUGACCUUCACCUUUGACAGAAACAACGUCAACGUCAAACCAUGUUCGCUGCAGCGUCACCGGGUGGGCUGUCAUGUUCACCUGGCGACAUGUCCUUGCAGAGACGUCCAUCAUUCCCCCAGGGUGGCCUCGACUGGCAUUUACAUAGGAAAAGCAGUUCCAACAGAUCGUCAAAGGUUACAGCAGCUACUCUAACUUUCGCCGAUGACGAUGACGACAACAACGACACCAGCGUCACUGGGUGCACGUGCCCGGACGACAAGAAGACGCCAAGUAUGCUCACAACGGACGAUAAUGCAAACGAUAAGAGUAGCAGGCAGCACACGUGCACGAACGUCAAUUGUAAGAAUUAUCGACAACCCAAGCGACGUCAACACCGACGACGUUCCCGAGCAACCGUCGUCAUCAACGUCGGCGGUCAUCUGUUUGAGACGUACAGAUCGACGCUCAGGCGACUUAAGAAUUCCGUGUUGUCCGACGACAACCAGAUGAGAAAGUUUUACCGUGCUGAUACGGGGGAUUACUUUUUUGACCGGGACCCUAUGGCGUUCGGGUCGGUGUUGAAUUACUUGAGGACUGGGGAGCUGCACAUCCCCUCCAAUAUGUGCGGCCCCUCCCUCCAGAAUGAACUGACGUUUUGGGGGAUAGAUGAGCUGGACAUUGAGAGAUGCUGUUGGACUCAGUACAACACUUGGAAAACCCAAAGUAGGUCACUGGAGAAAUUGGAGUAUGACCGGAAGUUGUCCACCACUCAAGACCCGGUGGCUGACAAGGAUAACGUUGGAUGUUGGACCCGGUACAGGUCCAGGUUGUGGACCUUCUUACAGGAUCCUUCGUCUUCAAGAGGAGCCAAGAUCUACGCCUGGGUUUCCAUCAUAUUCGUCCUCAUCUCAAUCUUCUCCUUCUGCGCAGAGACGCAUCCACACUUCCGGGUAAAACCGGAAGACAUCCGCCAGUUUAGAACACUUUACGAGUUUCUCAAUUUCCAGAAAAUAGACUGGAGCAAAAAUGUAACACUACAUAAUACGACAACCAACGGAAGUGACGUCAGAUCAAGUUGCAGUGGUACCAAGAAAAAGGAAAAAGAUCAACUAGUGCCGCACCCAUGUCUCGUGAUGAUAGACUUGUCAUGUCUGGUUUUUUUCUCGCUCGAAUACUUCACACGUUUCUUCUGUUCUCCUAGUAAAAAGAAGUUCAUCCGAGCCUUACAAAACAUCAUCGACUUUGUCGCCAUUGUCCCAGACUAUAUAGAGUUCUUGUUUUUGUUUUUUGAUCCAAUCGGACGUCAAGGAAUGCCCAUUAUGGACUUUAUCUUCAUUCUGCGCAUGCUCCGUCUGUUCCGGAUCUUCCGGUUGAUCCGCCAUGUUCCCGGCCUAUGGAUUUUAUUGUACACUCUGAAGGCAAGUUUCAACGAACUGAUGCUUAUGUUUGUGUUCCUGCUGAUUGGAAUGGUAGUGUUUGCUUCGCUCAUCCAUUUUGCUGAAAAUGAAAACGGAUUUGACAACAUUCCUAUAGGAUUCUGGUGGAGCGUAGUUACCAUGACAACCGUGGGUUAUGGGGACAUGUAUCCUCAAACUGCAAUAGGUUAUAUUGUAGGUUCUUUGUGCGCAGUAGCGGGACUUCUCAUGAUUGCCUUCACGGUUCCAAUCAUCGUCAGUAAUUUUGUGUUGUAUUACACGCAUGUGCAGUACGGGCUCGCGCGCAGGGACCGUGACAGGGAACGGAUGCUGCAAGAAGAGGAUGAUGAUGUAUCCAUCAACAGUGCGCGUUCAGCAACGACGAAGCCCCCGGUAAAGCCUGCUGUAGAUACCGCUGCUAUUGAACUUGGAGAAAAUAUCUCCCUCACAGUGACAUGCGAGAAAGACUCUCAGGAAAAGGGGAAGUAAUCAUGUUUGCCGAUUACGUAUAACCGAUAGAGUGGCCACCGCUAGGCCAUUUGUAUGAUGGUACAUGUAUGGCCUUUGUCAGAUAUUAUUCAUUUUAAAUAAGACGCUGGUAUGGGUAACAGUCAGGGGGAAUUCAGGGUUGUCAUUAACAGGUUCGAUAUUGAAGGAAACUUUAAAGAUCAAAAAUAAGAUUUGAAAACAGGAAACGUUUAUUUGAAACAUCUUCAAAAUAAGCUGUUGUUCAUUGAACGUUUCAUGUCUUCAUGGUCAAGUUCUAAAUGCCUCUCAAAGACUCCAUGGCUGGUCAUAGUCCACACAUCACAGACAUCGUAUACGUCACGUUGUUACGGAGAUGCGUAGUGUUCGCAAACCCGUGAUGUAUUGACGAUGAUGAUGUUAAACGUGGCAUUAUUUGUACGAUCAGAUGACCUCCUUCCCAGACUGAUAUUGUUUAGCAAUGAACCCGGGAUAUAACGAAAGCCAGUAUCACAAAAUCAGUUCGUUAUAUCCGAAGUUCAUCAUAUCCGAGUUUCUUUCGUAUCGUCCAUUGAUUAUCACUCAGAAAAAGACAGGUUCGUUACAUCGACUGUUCGUUGUAUCCGACUUCGUUGUAUGCGGAGUUGGUUGUAGAUCAUAUUCUAGCUACGUAUGUUUCGAUCCCGGCAAUAUUCUGUCAAAUAUUAUAAUUCUUCUUGUACCUGUAAUCUUCCAUGUCCUUUUCGGUUAUUCAUAGAUUUAGGCCGGCGAGGUAGUUUAGCGGUUAAAGCGUUCACCCGACAAGCCGAUGCCGGACCCGGGUUCGAUCCCCCACAAAAGUAACUCUUCUCAAUCAGGGUUGGAAGCAUGAGAUUAUAGGGACCUCGACUGCCUUGUACCCAAAAGGGGAGAUAAUCAUGGGGUUAUGGGGACCUAGACUACCCUGUAAACCAAAGGGGAGACAAUCAUGGAGUUAUGGAACCUAUUAAAUUCCUAACUCGGAAAGCAGACCGUUGAAUGAAAAAGGCUGGUGCUGUAUAGCUAAAUAACGCCUUUAAGGGUCUAUUUAACAAGGACUGGUCGGCUCGGAGUCAGUAUACUGUGUCUGAGUGGGGCAUCCAUGUUAAAGUAAGGCAUGGUAUCAAAGUUGGCUAGCAUUGUAGGAUAUGCAUAAGUCCGGAAUAAUACAAGAACGCGAAUGCACACACACGCACGCGCGCACACACAUGUCGGCUAGACGUCAAAUUUCCUUCCUGAAAAUGCCACAAAUAUAAGCGAAUUUCUUUUUUGCAAGAAAUGUACUUUUAUCUUGUAUAAGAUGGGAAACCCUACACUUCGUAAUAUCAAGUUUGCCAUUAUCUGAGGCUUGUUCCAAAUAUCAUGAAACUUGAGGCUUGUUUCAUCUCAAUAUCAGUUUUUCUCAAUGUAAAAAAGUCGGAUCGUUCGUUUCACAAAACGCUGAAUAGUACGAAGGUGAUAACUUGUUUGGUUGUCUGUGGAGAAAUAUUCAAAUCUUUAUCCAAACUGACAUAAGGAAGCGUUAUCAACAAAGAUGUUAUCCAUUUUCUUCAAUCGCCAUGUUAACGAUGUUUGAGUUAUUGAUCGACAGGCGAUAAACACCUCGACCAGAUAUAUAUCUAAAUAUAAUAUAUCACGACUGUGCAUGUAAAAGCACCGAUCAACUUGAGUGUAUAAUUUCAGCGUGAUUAUUGUCAGAAAAUACAUCAUAUUGGCAAACGUGGCUAUAUUCUGCCUCCGUCAAGAAUCUCGUGUUGCAGCUGCCAUACAUGGGUAUCUUGAAUCGUGCAACUCCCGUAACAGUGCGUCUGUCUUCUAGAUAUUUCCCCUAAAUACAUACAGUCGUGCGUUUCUAUACUUAUCCGUUCCCUUCCCUGUGAUGGCGUCACAUUCAUUUGGCACAAGACUGAUAUUUAUUGAUUAUCUACUGGAAACAGCUGAGGGUCGCGAUCAACUUGAUAUACUCGAAUAAGUCGUCAGGUGGGUAUUAUUUCUCUCGCAGCUUCAAACUGUAUAAUUGUUUUGUGUAAUGGAAGUAGAGCGUUUAGUUGUUUGAAGGUGAUAGCAUGCUGUAACUUAUUCCAAUGAUAAUAUAUAUUUCAAAGAUAAAUAACGUAUGUGGCGGUUAAUUUGCCAGAUGCCUUUUCGAAUUACAAAUAACCAUUUAAAGAGACGAGAGGUAGGAUAGCUGUCAGGUUUCAUGUUCUGGUAGUGAUGUGUAGUAAUUAUACCAGAACAAUAGGCACAUCCCAAUGCAUCAUUGUCAGAAGAGCGUACAAAAUGUCAUUUAUAGACGUCUUUGAAGCAUACAAUCACAGUAACAAAUGGUUCCUGUACUGAGGUAGCCUGAGUGAGUGAGUGAGUAUGGUUUUACGCCGCUUUUAGCAAUAUUCCAGCAAUAUCACGGCGGGGGACACCAGAAAUGGGCUUCACACAUUGUACCCAUGUCGGGAAUCGAACCCGGGUCUUCGGCGUGACGAGCGAACGCUUUAACCACUAGGCUACCCGACCGCCCGAGGUAGCCUGAGAGUGUAUGUAUGUCACUGUGCUUGUAUAACAUACAUUAUCUGCCGACACACUGGGGGCGGUGGGGCACUGGUUAAAGCGUUGCCUUCCACGGCAAACACGGGUUUGCUACAAAGUAUGAAGCUAGAGUCCCGCCGUGAUACUGGUGGAAUAUCGCUAGAAGCGACGUAAAACUAUACUCACUCGACACAAGGAACAUUAAACUUUCCUAAUUGAGAACAACUACAACUAUGAUCCGUAGAAACGCAUAUGAAAAGCGUGGUAGCAACAAGUAAGCAAGAAUAGUUCUUAAAGGGGGGAUUGGUCUGGAUCAAAUAACCGUCCUUGGUAACAAAGAGAUCAUAGAGUAAGUUUUGUCAAAGUAUGGGACUUACGACCGUCCUGGCGCUAAGAUCGCGUUAUGAAACACGGCCCUGGCAAGUCGUUCAAAACUCACUUAGUGUGCAAAUUGAAAUUUAAUUAAUUAAGUAUAUUAAUUGAACUUUACACGCAGACAGUGUGUCAGUUUUACAUAACAUCCAGACAUGGACACCGGACGAUGGAGCGAGGCCUUCUAUAGUGGAUGAAGGAACAUGACCAACUUUUGAUACAGUGCAUACAUAUGAUAUACGGAAUGAUGGUCUUAGAGCUACUGAAGCCUUCCAUUUAUGGCGACCUCAGAGCUACUGAAUUCAUCUAUUACUGGAGAUCCUAGGGCUACUGAAGCAGUCCAUUAAUGGAUAUCUAAGAGUUACUGAAGCUUACUGUGUGUGCCUACUUGUACUAGUCCGGACUAAUGCCGAGUUUAUAGUGCUAGCCCACUGAGAUACCAUGCUACAGUUUAACAUGAAUACCCUACUCAGUCACGGUAUAUUGACUCAGAGCGGCCCAGUCCAGUCAGAUGCUCUAUCCACUAGACCACGGAGGCCGGGGAUCGAACCACCGACCUUCCGCUCUCCACGGAGGCGGUCAAGUUGAUCACGGGGGUGGUCUCAUGUGAUUAUGAAACAAUCUGCAAUCGUGUAUACUAGUAUUACUGCCAUUUUGUAAUCUUAAGCCAUUGAAUAAGUUUAUUUAUAGGAAUCGAUCACGCUAGAUACAUAUGUCGAAUUUUGAAUUUUAGUGUCCGAUUCAACUCUGCUCUUUGAAAGUAUAAAAUCAUUAGAAUAAUUGAGGUCAAUCAUUUUAUAUUACAUUUUUCAAACGUUUAUGAAUAAUUCCUUUCUUGUUUAUCAGAUAUUAUCUUCAAAUUUCGUAUUCUCCUUUUGAAUAAAACCUUCCUUCAUUCGAAGUUUCUUUAGAAUGAGUAUUUUAUCAAUUAUCUUCUAGUUUUACUAUUUACAACCACAACUUAUUAUUAACCAAUCAGACGGCAGCGGUAUCUUAACUGCUGCUGGGGUCAUGUUUAUACACGAUACUUACAGCAUGGAGUGUAUAUGCCAGUCCUUUCCUUAUGUACAUACUUUGUAAAUAACACCACGUGAAGAACUAUCUCAAACCGUUUGCCAUUUGAAAAUGUUUUAUUUUUAUAUUGACGAUUUGGGUUGUGUCGAAAGAUAGGUAGCUCACGGCACGUUUUAGUGCACUAGUGGAAUAACCAUGACAUGAUCUCGUGUAAUCCCGUGAUGGCGAGAUUAGGGAGUGACAUCAUUUACCCACGUGACUUUCAUUGCAGGCUUGGAACACUUUGGUCAAGGCCAGAGUAAAUCAAAAUUGAAAUUAAAAAAUGACCCCAUUUUUAGUUCAUUAAUGUCCGGAAAUUACCGAAGUGUUUCGAGCACGCAGCUAUGUCCGAGGGUUCGGUUUUCCACCGUUUGUUUUUUCUCUCCCUGUUAACUAUGCAUUCACUGUGAUAAUCUUUGCAAUAAAGUAUCAGUGCAACAACG